ACCGGAUAUGAUGAGAGAAUAUUUUCUGGUGUCCUUUCGAAUCUGGUCAUAACAGGUUACUUGUUGAGAAAGACUCUUGCCACUCCCCGUUGAACCAGUGAGUGGAUUCAGUUGGAAAGUCAUUUUCCUUCUGAAAAGACAAUAUUCUGGUGACUGUCCACUUGCUGAAUAACUUGAAGAGAUACUAGUCUGCGCAGUAUCCUAUCCCCUUUGGGAAGGAUGGCGGACACCGAACAUGAUUCUCCGAAUAGCGGAGGUGGUCAACAGCAUCAGCAACCUGCUCAAGCUGUGGCCGAAUUAAGUGAAUUUACUGCAUUUUUGGGACGGAUGGUCUCUGUUGUUUUUGAAGAUACUACAGCAUCUAUCACCGAAGCUUUUAAAAGGGCGUUGGUCGAUAAGACGAAUACAGACUGCAUUCGGAAGUUUUUGUCUGAUCCCCAAAUCCCCAUUUUGCUUGUGCAGAGAUCAUCACCAAAAGAUGAUUCUGAAGAUGUGGAAGGUGUAUCAGAAAGUGAAGAAGGUCCUGAAGGAGCAGUAUCUUACCUUAUAUCCUGUGAAAUGCAUUAUACCAGUUCAAAGAUGAGCAGCAUUAUUUUCAUUAAGAGAGGUCAAAUUGUUGAGCAGGACAAAAGUUUUCCUUCCCAGCUCCGUAUCAUGAACUUCAGUGAAGGAUCUCCUUAUGAAACUCUUCAUUCAUACAUCAGUCAUGCUGUUGGACCAUUUUUCAAGUCUUACAUCAAAGAAACUGGAAAAGCUGAAAGGGAUGGUGACAAAAUGGCUCCAACUGUGGAAAAGAAAAUUGCUGAACUUGAAAUGGGCUUGUUACAUUUGCAACAAAACAUCGAUAUUCCAGAAGUUAGUCUUCCUGUGCAUCCAGCUGUUCAAAGUGUCAUAAAAAAAUGUUCAGAAGAAAACCGAAAGCCUAAAGUCGAAGAUUUUGGGAAUAAAGUUGAAGAUCCUCAAUUUCUCAAUGCUUUGCAAAGUGGUGUUAACCGAUGGAUUAGGGAAAUACAAAAGGUGACAAAACUGGAUCGAGAUCCUGCUUCUGGAACUGCAUUACAGGAAAUAAGCUUUUGGUUGAAUCUUGAAAGAGCAUUGCUUCGUAUUCAAGAAAAGAGAGAAAGUGUUGAAGUAGUCCUGACUUUGGAAAUCUUAAAACAUGGCAAGAGAUUUCAUGCAACAGUCAGUUUUGAUACUGAUACAGGUUUGAGGUCAGCCAUGGUCACAGUUAAUGACUAUAACCAACUCAUGAAAGAUUUUCCAUUGAAUGACUUGUUGGCGGCAACAGAGCUUGAUAGAAUUCGAGCUGCUUUACAAGCCAUUUUCAAUCAUUUAAAGAAAAUUCGACCAACAAAAUAUCCAAUCCAGAGAGCAUUAAGACUUGUUGAAGCAAUUUCAAGAGAUCUCAGUACACAAUUGUUGAAAGUUUUGGGAACUCGAAGACUCAUGCAUAUACCUUAUGAUGAUUUUGAAAAGGUUAUGUCUGCUUGCUUUGAAGUAUUCAGUACUUGGGAUGAUGAAUAUGAUAAGCUUCAAGGUCUGCUGCGAGACCAAGUGAAAAAGAAGAGAGAAGAACAUCUUCGCAUGGUGUGGAGAGUAAAUCCUGCUCACAAACGCCUCCAAAGUCGUCUUGAUCAAAUGAGAAGAUUCCGCCGCCAACAUGAACAACUACGUCAAGUGAUUUUGCGUGUGUUGCGGCCAUCUCCCAGUAAAGCUCGUGCUGGUACACCCUCAACUGAAGAACCUGAACCCCAGAUAGAACCAAUGGUAGAUGAAGCUGCUGAUGCAAAUGCUAUUGAGGAAGUAAACUUGGCUUAUGAAAAUGUGAAAGAAGUUGAUGGCCUUGAUGUUUCCAAAGAUGGGACUGAUGCUUGGGAAGCUGCAAUCAAAAGAUAUGAUGAAAGAAUUGAUCGGGUUGAAACCAGAAUCACAGCAAAAUUAAGAGAUCAAUUGGGAACAGCUCGUAAUGCGAAUGAAAUGUUUCGCAUAUUCUCCCGAUUCAAUGCCCUUUUUAUUCGGCCCCACAUCAGAGGUGCCAUCAGAGAAUACCAGACACAACUCAUUCAAAGAGUUAAAGAUGACAUUGAAGCAUUACAUGAAAAGUUCAAAGUCCAGUAUGCACAAAGCAAAGCUUGUCGUAUGAGUAAAGUAAGAGAUUUACCUCCUGUUUCUGGAUCCAUCAUAUGGGCUCGUCAGAUUGAACGACAGUUAAGUGCAUAUAUGAGACGUGUUGAAGAUGUUCUUGGCAAAGGAUGGGAAAAUCAUGUUGAAGGCCAAAAGUUGAAGGGAGAUGGUGAUAGCUUCAGAGCCAAGUUGAAUACUCAAGAACUGUUUGAAGAAUGGGGAAGAAAAGUUCAGCAACGACAGCUCAGUGUUUCUGGCCGUAUUUUUAGCAUCCAGAGUACCAAAUCAAGGCAAGUGGGGAAAGGAAAUGUAUUGAGGCUGGUCGUCAAUUUUCAGCCCGAGAUCAUCACUCUUUCCAAAGAGGUUCGCAAUUUACGAUGGCUGGGUUACAGAGUACCACUGGCCAUUGUGAACAAAGCUCAUCAAGCUAAUCAACUUUACCCAUUUGCUAUUUCUUUGAUUGAAAGUGUUCGUACUUAUGAAAGGACUCUUGAGAAAGUUGAAGAAAGAUCCUCUAUUAUAUUGUUGGUAGCUGGAUUGAGAAGAGAAGUUCAAAACCUGAUUUCAGAGGGAGUUGCUUUAGUUUGGGAAUCCUACAAAUUGGAUCCUUAUGUUCAAAAGCUUGCUGAAACUGUGUUCAAUUUCCAAGAAAAGGUUGAUGACUUGCUUGCUAUUGAAGAGGAGAUCUCAAUGGAAGUUAAGUCUCUUGAAACCAGUGCCUAUCAAACCUCUACUUUUAGAGAGAUUUUAAGCAGAAUACAGAAAGCAGUGGAUAAUCUGAGUUUGCAUUCCUACUCCAAUUUACCUCAGUGGGUAGCAAAACUUGAUCAAGAAGUUGAAAAACGUCUUGCAACUCGUUUGGAAGCUGGUUUGAAAGCAUGGACUCGUUGUUUGAAAGGAAAGAAAGAAGAUCAACUAGAUCGUUCCAUGGACACUGAUGCUCCUCAGCAACAAGGUCAUAAACCUGGAGGCGAGCCACAAAUUAAGGCUUUAGUACAUGAAUUGAGAAUCACAAACCAACUUAUCUAUGUCAACCCACCAGUAGAAGAUGCCAGAUAUCACAUCAUGCAAGAAUUAUUUGCUUGGGAAGCUAUUGUUACAAGUCUUCCUAGAAUUCAACAUUCUCGGUAUCAGGUGGGGCUUGAUGUGGAAUCAGAGCUUGAAACAACAUAUCGUAGUCUCUUGACAAAAAUGCCACAACGAAAAUCUGUAUUAGAGGAUGCUUACGAAGCAAUACAAGUUACAGUGAAAGAAUUCCAAGACUAUGUGGAAGUCUGGUUGCGUUACCAAGCAUUGUGGGAUCUAAAUGCUGAUACACUGUAUGGCCGACUUGGAAAUAACCUUCAUGUAUGGAUGGCAACCCUCGAAGAAAUUAAAGCUUCUCGCAAAACAUUUGACACUACUGAGACACAAAAAGAAAUUGGCUCAAUUAUUGUUCAGUUUGGAAAGGUUCAAUCUAAAGUGACAUUGAAAUACGAUUCUUGGCACAAAGAAGUUCUUAGCAAAUUUGGAACACUUCUCAGUAAUGAAAUGAAGGACUUCCAUGCUUCAGUAUCCAAGUCUCGAACUGAACUUGAACAGCAAUCCAUUGAUACAGCCAAUACCUCUGAAGCUGUUGGUUUGAUAACUCAUGUACAAUCUCUGAAAAGAAAAAUGAAGCCUUGGGAAAAACAAGUUGCAAUGUAUAAAGAAGGACAGCGUAUUCUUGAACGCCAACGCUUCCAAUUUCCUCAAACCUGGCUUUAUAGUGACAACAUUGAAGGUGAAUGGAGUGCAUUCACUGACAUCAUUAAACGAAAAGACUUUUCUAUCCAAACUCAAGUUGCAAGUCUGCAGAUGAAGAUUGUAUCAGAAGACAAAGUUGUAGAAAGCAAAACUUCUGAUUUGAUGACUGACUGGGAGAAAGAGAAGCCAGUAGAAGGUGAUAUGAGACCAGAUGAAGCCUUAAAAGCUCUCACUAUAUUUGAAGGCAAAUUCACUCGUUUGAAAGAUGAAAGAGAUAAUGUUUCUCGUGCCAAAGAAGCCUUAGAACUUGCAGAACCAGGUGGCCACGAAACUCUGAGUGAUGAGAAAAUGCGAGUGGCUUUUGAAGAAAUGCAAGAUUUGAAAGGUGUCUGGACAGAACUAUCAAAAAUAUGGGAGCAAAUUGAUGAUCUCAAAGAUAAACCUUGGCUUUCUGUUGCUCCUAGGAAGCUUCGUCAAAGUUUGGAUGGACUCUUAAACCAACUAAAAGAACUGCCAGCACGUCUGCGGGCUUAUGCAUCAUAUGAACACGUGAAAAAAUUGUUGCAAAAUUAUGCUAAAGUCAACGUACUCGUUGUGGAACUGAAAUCUGAGGCUCUAAAAGAGCGCCACUGGAAACAACUAACACGUAGUUUGGGGGUCAGCUGGAUGUUAUCUGAGCUAACAUUAGGCCACGUUUGGGAUGUUGAUUUGAUGAAAAAUGAAGCUAUUGUACGUGAUAUUAUUAGUGUAGCUCAAGGUGAAAUGGCUUUGGAAGAAUUUUUGAAACAAGUGAGUGAAAUUUGGCGCAGCUAUGAACUGGAGUUAAUUAGCUACCAAAACAAAUGUCGCUUAAUUCGUGGCUGGGAUGAUUUGUUUACCAAAGUAAAAGAGCAUAUUAAUAGCGUCACUGCUAUGAAGCUUUCCCCUUACUUUAAACAAUUUGAAGAAGAUGCACUGUCAUGGGAAGAUAAACUAAACCGUAUCAAUGCCCUUUUUGAUGUGUGGAUUGAUGUCCAGAGGCGCUGGGUUUAUCUGGAAGGUAUUUUUACUGGCAGUGCUGACAUCAAACAUUUGUUGCCUGUGGAAACUACUAGAUUUCAGGGAGUGAGUACAGAAUUUCUUGGUUUGAUGAAAAAAGUAACCAAAUCUCCAUUGGUGAUGGAUAUUGUCAAUAUCCCUAAUGUCCAACGGCAAUUAGAAAGGCUAGCCGACUUACUUGGAAAGAUUCAGAAAGCAUUAGGUGAAUACCUGGAACGAGAGAGAGCUUCAUUCCCACGUUUCUAUUUUGUUGGAGAUGAAGAUUUAUUGGAGAUUAUUGGCAACAGUAAAAAUGUUACACGCUUACAAAAGCAUUUCAAGAAAAUGUUUGCUGGUGUUGCUAGCAUCAUACUCAAUAAUGACAAUACAAUUGUAACAGGUCUUACUUCAAAAGAAGGAGAAGAGAUAAUAUUCUCAAAUCCUGUAUCAAUUGCUCAGCAUCCCAAGAUCAAUGACUGGCUCACUUUGGUUGAAAAAGAAAUGCGUGUAACUCUUGCUAAUCUUCUAGCAAAUGCUGUCCAACACAUUUAUUCUUUAAGAUCUGAACAAAUUGAUUCUACUAAAUACUUAGAGUGGGUCGAUAAAUAUCAGGCCCAGCUAGUUGUUUUAGCAUCUCAAAUCACUUGGUCUGAAAGUGUUGAGACAGCACUUCAUGCUAUAGCCAACAGUGGGAAAAAUGACAUGAGUCCUUUGAAAAAUGUACUAGAAACUGUGCAGUCAACAUUGAAUGUUCUUGCUGACUCAGUAUUAUUGGAACAACCUCCUGUUCGACGAAAAAAACUUGAACAUUUGAUUACAGAAUUAGUUCAUCAACGUGAUAUCAUCAGAAACCUAAUCCAAAACAAAGUCAAUGGGCCAAAGUGCUUUCAGUGGUUAUGCCAAAUGCGUUUCUAUUUUGACCCCAAAAACACCGAAGUGUUGCAACAACUUUCCAUUCAAAUGGCUAAUGCCAAAUUCAACUAUGGUUUUGAAUAUUUAGGUGUCCAAGAUAAGCUUGUUCAAACUCCACUCACUGAUCGUUGUUAUUUAACAAUGACUCAGGCCUUAGAAGCACGUCUUGGAGGAUCUCCAUUUGGACCUGCUGGUACUGGUAAAACAGAAUCAGUUAAAGCUUUGGGACACCAGUUAGGACGUUUUGUACUUGUCUUUAACUGCGAUGAAACAUUUGACUUCCAAGCCAUGGGUCGUAUUUUUGUUGGAUUGUGUCAAGUUGGUGCUUGGGGAUGUUUUGAUGAAUUCAAUCGUCUUGAAGAAAGAAUGUUGUCUGCUGUAUCCCAACAAAUACAAACAAUUCAAGAAGCCCUCAAGGAACAUUCUAUAGUCUCAAAAGGGAAAAACACACAACUUUGUGUUGAGCUCAUUGGUAAGCAGGUACAUGUCAAUCCUGAUAUGGCUAUAUUUAUUACUAUGAAUCCUGAUUAUGCAGGAAGAUCUAACUUACCUGAUAAUUUGAAGAAGCUCUUCCGAAGUUUGGCUAUGACCAAGCCUGACAGACAACUUAUUGCCCAGGUCAUGCUUUAUUCUCAAGGUUUCCGAAUGGCAGAAAAAUUGGCAAGUAAAAUAGUCCCCUUUUUCAUACUUUGUAAAGAACAACUGUCUCCACAAUCACAUUAUGAUUUUGGCCUGCGUGCCCUGAAAAGUGUGUUGGUCAGUGCAGGAAACGUGAAACGAGAACGUAUCAUGAAAGUGAAAGAUGAUCUCAAGAGCAGAGGGGAGGCAGUUGAUGAAGGAACAAUUGGUGAAAAUCUUCCAGAACAAGAGAUAUUAAUUCAAAGUGUGAUGGAAACCAUGGUACCAAAAUUAGUUGCUGAAGAUAUUCCUUUGCUCUACAGCUUACUGUCUGAUGUUUUCCCAGGAGUUUCUUAUACUCCUGCUGAAAUGAAAGCACUAAGAGCAGAAGUGCGCAAAGUUUGUCAAGAAAUGUUCCUAACUUAUGGAGAGGGUGAUGAGCAAGGUGUGCAGUGGGUAGAAAAGGUUUUGCAAUUGUACCAAAUUACUCAGCUACAUCAUGGUUUGAUGAUGGUUGGCCCCAGUGGAAGUGGCAAAUCUACUGCUUGGCGAGUCCUACUGAAAGCUUUGGAGAGACUUGAAGGAAUUGAAGGAGUUUCUUGUGUCAUUGAUCCAAAGUCUAUUUCUAAAGAUGCCCUUUAUGGUAAUCUGGACCCCAAUACAAGAGAAUGGACCGAUGGUUUAUUCACUCAUAUUCUUAGAAAGAUCAUUGAUAAUGUAAGAGGGGAAAUGAUGAAGAGGCAGUGGAUCAUCUUUGAUGGAGAUGUAGAUCCAGAAUGGGUAGAAAAUUUAAAUUCAGUAUUGGAUGAAAACAAACUGCUCACACUACCAAAUGGUGAACGUCUAAGCAUUCCUCCAAAUGUAAGAAUCAUGUUUGAAGUUCAAGAUCUGAAAUAUGCUACUUUGGCUACUGUUAGCCGAUGUGGAAUGGUAUGGUUUAGUGAAGAUGUUUUAUCAACUGAAAUGAUAUUUGAUAAUUACUUGCAACAACUGCGAAAUGUUCCUGUUGAAGAGGGUGAAGAAGAUUACCAUUAUAAGAAAAAGGAAGAAGAAACUAUUAGUCCUACAUUGCAGCUACAAAGAGAUGCUGCUGCUAUAAUCUCUCCUUGCUUUUCUUCUGAUGGCCUUAUUAUUCGAUGCCUUGAAUACAGCCAUUCCUUGGACCAUAUCAUGGACUUCACUCGCCUACGGGCUCUCAAUGCUCUUUUCUCUCUCAUCAAUCAAGGAGUUAGAAAUAUUCUGAAUUACAAUCAUAAUCAUCUUGACUUUCCAAUGCAGCAAGAUCAAUUGGAAAGAUAUAUAACAAAAUACCUGAUCUACAGUCUCCUGUGGUCCAUGUCUGGUGACGGCCGACUGAAAAUACGACAAGAAUUGGGUGAAUUUAUCCGGGGUAUAACAACCAUUGCUCUUCCACCUUCAACAAAUUUACCUAUUAUUGACUAUGAGGUCUCUAUCUCAGGUGAAUGGGUACCGUGGCAAUCUAAAGUACCACAAAUUGAAGUUGAAACACACAAAGUUGCUGCUCCCGAUAUUGUCAUUCCAACUGUUGAUACGGUUCGUCAUGAGACCCUAUUGUAUACUUGGUUGGCAGAACACAAGCCUUUGGUUCUUUGUGGUCCCCCUGGUUCAGGAAAAACAAUGACACUCUUCAGUGCUUUACGUGCACUACCUGAUAUGGAAGUUGUUGGGUUGAACUUUUCAAGUGCAACCACUCCAGAAUUAUUAUUGAAAACCUUUGACCACUAUUGUGAGUACAGACGUACUCCAAAUGGCAUUGUUCUCUCACCUGUACAACUAAACAAGUGGCUCGUUCUCUUCUGUGAUGAAAUCAAUUUACCAGAUAUGGAUGCUUAUGAUACUCAACGAGUUAUUUCAUUCUUGAGACAAAUGAUGGAGCAUGGUGGAUUUUACCGUUCUACUGAUCAAGCUUGGGUGAAGUUUGAACGAAUCCAAUUUGUUGGGGCUUGUAAUCCCCCAACUGAUCCUGGCAGAAAACCUCUUUCACACCGAUUUUUGCGACAUGUACCAGUGGUAUAUGUUGAUUAUCCAGGAAAAGUGUCCCUUACCCAAAUUUAUGGCACCUUCAACAGAGCUAUGUUGCGUCUUGUACCAAGUCUUCGCACUUAUGCAGAACCUCUUACCAAUGCUAUGGUCGAGUUUUACCUUAAAUCACAAGAGAGAUUCACUCAAGACAUGCAACCACAUUACAUUUACAGUCCUCGUGAAAUGACAAGAUGGGUACGAGGAAUCUGUGAAGCUCUUAGACCUUUAGAAACACUAAGUGUUGAAGGAUUGGUGCGAAUGUGGGCACAUGAAGCUCUUAGACUUUUCCAAGAUCGAUUGGUAGAUGAUGAUGAAAGAAAAUGGACUGAUGAAAAUGUGGAUGCUGUUGCUUUGAAACACUUCCCUAGUGUAAACAAAGAAGAAGUCCUUAAAAGGCCCAUUCUGUUCAGUAAUUGGCUAUCAAAAGACUAUAUUCCUGUGGAUAGAGAAGAACUUCGGGAUUAUGUCAAGGCUCGUCUGAAGGUAUUCUAUGAAGAAGAACUGGAUGUACCAUUGGUAUUGUUUGAUGAAGUACUUGAUCAUGUUUUGCGAAUUGACCGUAUCUUUAGACAACCUCAAGGUCAUUUGCUCUUAAUUGGUGUCAGUGGUGCUGGCAAAACAACAUUGUCUAGGUUUGUAGCCUGGAUGAAUGGGCUCAGUGUUUACCAAAUCAAAGUACACAAUAAAUAUAUGGCUAGCGACUUUGAUGAAGACUUGAGAGCUGUACUUCGGCGAGCUGGCUGCAAGGACGAAAAAAUAGCAUUCCUCAUGGAUGAAUCUAAUGUAUUAGAUUCAAGCUUCUUGGAAAGAAUGAAUACUCUCUUAGCCAACGGGGAAGUUCCUGGUUUGUUUGAAGGUGAUGAAUAUACUACACUGAUGACACAGUGCAAAGAAGGAGCUCAGAGAGAAGGUCUUAUGUUGGAUUCAGGCGAAGAACUUUACAAGUGGUUUACACAGCAGGUCAUGAAAAAUUUGCAUGUUGUAUUCACAAUGAAUCCAUCUUCAGAAGGCUUAAAAGACAGAGCUUCAACAUCACCUGCUUUAUUCAACCGUUGUGUGUUGAAUUGGUUUGGAGAUUGGUCAGAUGGUGCACUUUAUCAAGUUGGAAGAGAAUUUACAAACAAAAUUGAUCUUGAAAAAUCAAAUUAUAUUGCUCCUGACUAUACUCCUAUUGCCUAUGAAGAAUUGGGAACUAACCCUACUCACAGAGAUGCUGUUGUCAAUGCUUUUGUAUUUGUGCAUCAAACACUGCAUCAAGCUAAUUCUCGAAUAACCAAACGUGGAGGUCGUACUAUGGCCAUAACCCCAAGACAUUAUUUGGAUUUUAUUAAUCACUUUGUUAAACUGUAUCAAGAAAAACGGUCAGAUCUUGAAGAACAACAAUUGCAUUUAAAUGUUGGUUUGCAGAAGAUUCGGGAAACUGUUGAGCAAGUAGAAGAGCUCCAAAAAUCAUUAUCAAUCAAAAGAAUCGAGUUGGAAGAGAAAAAUGCAGCUGCAAAUGCCAAAUUGAAACAAAUGGUGAAAGACCAACAAGAAGCCGAACGUAAAAAAGUCACAUCACAAGAAAUUCAACAAGCAGUUGUUGAACAAACUAAGAGAAUAAAAGAAAAACAACAGGACGUACGUGCAGAUUUAGAACAAGUAGAACCAGCUGUAAUUGAAGCUCAAAAUGCUGUGAAAUCUAUCCGAAGACAGCAUCUUGUUGAAGUGAGAUCACUUGCACAUCCACCCCCUGCAGUCCGUCUUGCUAUCGAGUCUAUAUGUGUGCUCCUUGGAGAGACUGAUCUUGAGUGGAAGUCUCUCAGAGGUAUAAUUAUGAAAGACAACUUUAUACCUACCAUUGUCAACUUCAAGACUGAUGACAUUCCUGAUGAUAUUCGAACAAAAAUGAAGAACAAGUAUUUGAAUAACCCUGAGUAUAACUAUGAAAAAGUCACCAGGGCCAACUUCGCUUGUGGCCCUAUGGUGAAAUGGGCAAUCGCUUUGAUCAACUAUGCUGACAUGCUGAAACGCGUAGAACCCCUCAGAAAUGAAUUAAAUGCUCUGGAAAACCAAGCUGAGGACAAUCGCACCAAAUACGAAGAAGUGAACUCUGUUAUUGUUCAACUUGAGAAAAGUAUUGCUAUGUAUAAAGAAGAAUAUGCUAUUCUUAUAAGCCAAGCUCAAGCUAUCAAAAGUGAUUUGGCAGCAGUAGAAGGCAAGGUUGAAAGAAGUGUUGCUUUAUUGAAAAGUCUUACAAAUGAGAAGCAGAGAUGGGAAGCAGGUAGUGAAACAUUCCGAAACCAGAUGGCCACUAUUAUUGGAGAUGUUUUGUUAUCUUCAGCUUUCAUGUCUUAUGCUGGUUAUUUUGACCAACAAAUGCGUCAGAACUUAUUUACUGCUUGGUCUAAUCAUUUACAACAAGCCAACAUCCAAUUUAGAACGGAUAUUGCUAGAACAGAGUAUUUGUCAAAUGCCGAUGAAAGACUUCGCUGGCAAGCUAAUAACUUACCUGCAGAUGAUCUAUGCACAGAAAAUGCUAUUAUGUUGAAGAGAUUUAAUCGAUAUCCACUAAUUAUUGACCCAUCUGGACAAGCAACAGAAUUUUUAAUGAAUGAAUACAAAGAGAGGAAAAUCACAAAAACAAGCUUUUUGGAUGAUGCAUUCCGUAAAAACCUUGAAAGUGCUCUUAGAUUUGGCAACCCCUUAUUGGUUCAGGAUGUUGAAAGUUAUGAUCCUAUAUUAAAUCCUGUGCUGAAUCGAGAAUUGCGCAGAACUGGUGGCAGAGUAUUAAUUACUUUGGGUGAUCAAGAUAUUGAUUUAUCCCCUGCAUUUACCAUCUUCUUGUCUACACGAGAUCCUAACGUUGAAUUCCCUCCUGAUAUCUGCUCCAGGGUGACAUUUGUCAAUUUUACUGUAACACGAGGCAGUCUUCAGAGUCAAUGUUUGAAUCAAGUGUUGAAGGCUGAGAGACCUGAUGUUGAUGAGAAACGGUCAGAUUUACUCAAACUCCAAGGUGAAUUCCAGCUACGUUUGCGCCAACUGGAAAAAUCAUUGUUGCAAGCUCUCAAUGAUACCAAAGGGAAAAUUCUUGAUGAUGAUAGUAUUAUAUCACAUCUGGAAACCUUGAAAACUGAAGCGGCAGAAGUUGCACGCAAAGUGGAAGAAACAGAUCAUGUUAUGGCAGAAGUGGAAACAGUAUCUCAACAAUACAUACCUCUUGCACAGUCUUGCAGCAGCAUCUAUUUUACUUUAGAAGCUCUGCAGCAGGUCCACUUCCUGUACCAAUACUCAUUGCAGUUCUUUUUAGAUAUUUUCCAUUCUGUUCUUUACAACAAUUCUCAUCUUACUGGAGUGAAAGAGUAUGGUUCAAGAUUAGCAAUUACAACAGCUGAUCUUUUCCAAGAAACUUAUAGCAGAGUUGGGAGAGGUAUGCUCCAUGAAGAUCGUAUUACGUUUGCUAUACAGUUAUGCAGGAUCCAUCUUCAAGGAUUGGCAAAUGAACAAAGUUAUGAUCUUGAAUUCAACUAUUUUAUGAGAGGAGAUGAAGGAAUUCUCACCAGCCAAUCACCAGAAAACAUCAAAGGACUAACUCCACAACAGGUCAUAAAUAUGAUGAGUCUAUCAAAGUUGGAAGCAUUCAAAGACAUCAAGUCAAAAGUUCAAAACAACGAUUUCUUAGAAUGGCUGCAUAGUUCUGCUCCAGAAACAAAUGUUCCUACAAUAUGGAAUGAAGAAAAACCACUCACUGACACUGGGAAAGUAGUGUUUUCUUUGUUGAUGAUCCGAGCAUUUAGACCAGAUCGUCUUGUGUCAACUGUGCGAAUGUUUAUAGAGAAAAUUCUUGGUGAAACAUUUGCUCACACUGCAGAAAAAGAACUCAACCUGUCUGAAGUUGUUGAAAAUGAGGUUAAAUCAAGUACACCGGUACUAAUGUGUUCAAUGGCUGGAUUUGAUGCCAGUGGACGAGUUGAUGAUUUAGCAGCUGAACUCAAUAAGCAGAUAACUUCAAUUGCUAUCGGUUCAGCGGAAGGCUUUACUCAGGCUGACAAAGCAAUUAAUUCGGCUAGUAAAUCUGGACGAUGGGUAAUGCUAAAGAAUGUACAUUUGGCACCACAAUGGCUUGUUCAGCUAGAGAAGAAAUUGCACAAUUUAACCCCUCAUACUAAUUUCCGACUAUUUCUUACAAUGGAAAUUAAUCCUAAACUGCCAACCAAUUUGCUUCGUGCAGGUCGAGUGUUUGUUUUUGAACCUCCUCCUGGUAUUGCUGCUAAUUUGCUACGUACAUUUUCAACUGUACCUGCAACUAGGAUGUGUCAGCCUCCUAACGAAAGAUCCCGAUUGUAUUUCUUACUUGCAUGGUUUCAUGCAAUUGUUCAAGAGCGUAUGCGUUAUGUACCACUUGGUUGGUCUAAAAAAUAUGAAUUUUCUGAAUCUGACCUGAAAGUUGCUUGUGAUAUGUUGGAUACUUGGAUUGACUCAGUUGCCAUGGGCCGUACCAACUUACCGCCUGAAAAAGUUCCUUGGGAUGCCAUGAGGACUCUACUCUCCGAAUGCAUAUACGGUGGUAAAAUCGAUAAUGACUUUGAUCAGCGUCUUUUGACAUCCUUUGUGAAUAAAUUGUUUACACCAGAGAGCUUUGAUGCUGACUUUGUUUUGGUAAAUAAUGUAGAAGGUCAACAGAGCAAGAAUAUCAUUAUGCCAGAAGGUGUCAGACGAGAGCAGUUCUUGCAGUUCACAAGCACCCUUACCGAUCGACAAUCUCCAACAUGGUUAGGUUUACCUAACAAUGCUGAACGAGUCUUAUUGACCAAAUUAGGCUCUGACAUGAUAUCCAAAUUAAUGAGAAUGCAGCUUUUGGAAGAUGAAGACCUAGCUGUUACAACAUCAAUUGAACAAAGUGAGAAACGUUUAACUGAUGGGCGUCCUGCUUGGAUGAGAACUCUGCAAAAAUCUGUUUCUGGAUGGCUUCAGCUUGUACCUAAGAGCCUUGGUUCCUUGAAAAGAACAAUGGAAAACAUUAAAGAUCCCUUGUUUAGGUUCUUUGAGCGUGAAGUCAAUGCCGGAUGCCGUUUGCUCAGUGAUGUUCGUCAGGACCUCACUGAUAUUGUGAUGGUAUGUUCAGGAGAGAAGAAACCUACUAAUCAUCACCGCUCAAUGAUGGAUGACCUCAUUAAAGGUAUAAUUCCUAUGUCUUGGAGAAGAUACACUGUUCCUAGUGGUUUAACUGUCAUUCAGUGGAUUACAGAUUUUAGUGAGAGAGUGAAACAGCUUCACAAUAUUAUUACACAGACAAGUUCUGGUGGAGCUAAGGAACUAAAGAAUAUCAAUGUUUGGCUUGGUAAGCUUUUUAUCCCUGAGGCCUAUAUUACAGCAACACGCCAGUAUGUAGCACAAGCUAACAGUUGGUCUUUGGAAGAAUUACAUCUUGAUGUUUCUGUUUUGACUGGAAAAACAGCACCUUCACCUGAUGAUUGCAGUUUUGCUUUAACAGGUUUGAAACUUCAAGGUGCUGUUUGUAAAGAAAGCAAGCUUCACUUAUCCUCAACUAUUUCUACAGAUCUACCCAUUACUUUACUCCGUUGGGUCAAGAAAGACGACACUCUUAAGAAAGAACACAGAGUUACUCUUCCUGUGUACCUGAAUGCAGCCCGAGUUCAGUUACUGUUCACUUUGGAAUUUGAAACUGAUGGAGGAAGCACUGAACAUGAAUUUUAUGAGAGAGGUGUCGGUGUUAUUAGUUCUGAUUUAGCCUAAGUAAAGAAAACAACCAAAAAAGUUAUUCACUAUGAUAUUUCAUAUUGGUAAUACUAUAAUAUUUGUACUUGCACUGCACAAAAUGUUAUCAAUAAAGGUAUAUGCUUAUUAA